UUCCAGCAAACAUUGUUGUAAGCUCAAAGGAUUUGUAUUCAAUGAUCGAGAAAAAGUCUGACCGUCUCGAAGUGGCUAAUGAUGCGUAUAUACUCCGGAACGAAAUUCUCGAAGCAAUUCACAACUUUUCUAUACAAUAUUGUACUGCAGCUACAGACUCUAACGAGUGGAAUGAUUUGGUCGAACCACUAUUAUCCGAAACCAAACGGCCCACGAACGCCUUCAUUUUAUAUAGCAACGCCCUUAGAAGGAAGCUUAAAGCCUUAUUUCCAAAGUAUACCAAUUGUGAGGCAUCCAAAUUUUUGGGUGCUAUGUGGAAAUCCAUUAAUAAGGACAUCAAGGAUAGCUAUAUUAAGCAAGCAAUAGAGUGUAGAAGACUACACAAGCUGAAAUAUCCCAAUUUUGAAUACAAUAUCAAAAAGGAAACAAACACUGGAAAAGCAAUAUCAAGCCUGCAGGAUUCGCCUACGGAUAGCACCAGUAUUGACUAUAAUGUUGACUUGAUAAUGUGCGGUCCAAAUAUUGUGGAUGGAAUACAAUUGGAUGGAAUACCAGAUCAUCUGUAUUUCACGGAUAGUUAUUUCGAACAGUUGACAGAAAGUCAUCCGCAAUCUGUUAGUAACGAUGGAUGGAACGAAGUACACAACUUAAUAUCAGCAUUCUUUCCUACAGACAUAGAUCAAAACCUUGUUAUCGAUGACGAGUUUUGGACGAGCUUGGCCAGUGAAGGCAACACUCCUAAGCUGGGUACUACCAUUUCUGCAAUGAAUAAUUACACACUCUAGACAAAUCUUAGAAAAAUACUCUGAC